AUGUGUAUGUUCGAAAUUACCAUGAAGGCUGAGAUGGCGGUGUCUACCCGCGUUGUGGCCGGCAUCUGGUGGUUCUUCACUCUCAUAAUGAUAUCUUCGUACACUGCCAACUUGGCCGCCUUCCUCACCGUCGAACGGAUGGAGUCGCCUAUCGAGUCGGCCGAGGACCUGGCCAAACAGACCAGGAUCAAAUAUGGCUCCCUCUACGGCGGCUCCACCUGGGAUUUUUUCGCUAAUUCCAAGAUGCCAACUUACCAACGAAUGUUUAGUUUUAUGGAGUCUCAAACUCCAUCUGUUUAUACGAAAUCCAAUGAAGAAGGCGUGAAGAGGGUUCAGAAGGGUGAUGGACAGUAUGCGUUCAUGAUGGAAUCCUCCAGUAUAGAGUAUAUCACUGAGAGGUACUGUGACCUCACUAAGGUUGGGGACAUGGACUCCAAGAGCUACGGGAUCGCGCUACCUCCAGGGAGCUUAGGUUCCUUUGUUCUUGGACGUCGUUUUGACGAAGUGUUCUCUCUGUUCAGGAUUGCGAGUCUAAGAGCUCGUCCAAAGCCAAACGAACUUGUCUCAAACAACGUGGAGGCGUCUUCGUGGUGCUCCUCAUGGUGUAUGGGUCUCGCCUCAGAUUAG